AAUGUAAUCAACAUCUUCGUCUAUGUGAAAAUUGGACUGAAAGACUGCAUCAGCAUCUGCUUCUUCGUCCUCUCGUUCACCGACUUGGCGAGUGUGUUGAUGUUGAUACUGAAUAAUGUUAGUUACACGUUCACGGACGCUUUUCAAGCACUGUGGCACACAAAUGGACAACAUCUUACUUUUCUGGUAACUUUUUAUUACGGUGCGCUUUACGACAUUUCGCAAGGAAUAACGACAUUUAUCGCAGUCCAAAAAUGCUGGUGUGUUGCGCUGCCGUUUCGCUUCAAAAACACGUUCACUCCGACCAGAACCGCUGUUAUCUUAUCUGGAAUUUCUAUAACGAUCUUAUCUAUUCAUUUGCCAAUCUUAACAUCGCAAGGUCUGCGGGAGACUAUAGUACCGGGCACCAAUAGAACUCUGCUUUCAUUAUGGACAGCUGAAAUCAGACAACAGAUAUUCCCCGUAAGAGCGGUCAUGAGUGUAAUAUUUACCACCACUUGUCAGUUCACUGUCAUUUUCUGCUUGAUCGUUUUAGCUUCCAGUUUACGAGCAUCAUCAAAGUUCAGGAAUUCUUCAACGAGUUCCAACAUGCAUCCACCAGCUGCUUAUCUCAAAAGUGGCGGAACUAAACCCGGUGACAACAAUUGGAAAAAUUACAAGUUGAGCUCUAAGAUAAGAACUGAUAGCCAUUGGCAUGACACCGAGAAUCAUGUUGGCGAGAUGAGUACAUCUGGUGGUAAAGACGUUGAGCCCAUGCCACUGCAAACUAAAAUAACUUCAAGAAAAGAACUGCAGGCCAUCAAGUCGACUACGAUUGUGUCCAUUCUGUUUGUUUCGUACAACACUUUCAAGUUGUUGAACGCCUACGUCGUUGUGUGCGUCCCAGAAUACAAUCUUAACGGUCGUUUGUCGACUACCUACCUGUUGACCAAUUCAAUCAGGCUCUUCUUCGAAGAACUGCACAUCUCCUGCAACGUGUUCGUCUACUUGAAGUUCAACACACGGUUCAGAAAGACGUUGAUGACCACUUGUGGGUGCGGC